ACCUGCUCCGAUUAAACCCUAAUUUACUAAUCUACAAAGGAAAUGUUUACUUGCAAUUUCUGUGGCAAUUUGGCUAAAACAUUAAGACUUUAUUUACUUCAUUGUAAGCUACAUCGAAAUGAGCCGCGAUGUUUAUUUAAAUGCGCUGCUGCUGGUUGCAAAGACACGUUCUUGCGUUAUGAAGCGUUGAAGGCUCAUUUUUAUCGGAAACACAACACCUCUGGUCCUAGUAGCGUCGGAACGGUUGUUACCGACUUUAAAUGCUCGUUGGCAUUGUGUGACCACCAGUGUCAAACUACUAAGGCUCUAAUAGCUCACUUGAAGCAUCAUAUUGUGGAAGGGCGUGUUGUGAAUUGUCCUUUCAGAGGAUGCAAAAAAGUUUUUCAUGUGAAGUCCUCGUUUACUGCCCACAUUUCCCGGAAACACAGAGAUCUUGCAGAUAAUAUCCAUGACUCAUACAAAUGUUCUGGUUCUCAGUCAUUAUCUGUUCACAAUGAUCCAGAUAACAUCGAGUCGCAAGGAAAUGAGAUUAUUUUACAGACAGCUCCAAAUGAAAGUGAUAAUGAUAUUACUGAGGAUUUCAGUGAUCUUUUUUUUAGAAAUGUCUCUCUAUUUUACUUGAAAUUGCAAGGGCAGUUUCUAUUACCAGCUUCAACCAUCCAGAAUAUUGUUGAGGAGAUACAAAAUAUACACGAGUUGGGCCAGACAUACUGUUUGAGCAAACUUUGGUCACUGCUAAAAAAUGAGACACCAUUAUCAGAUGAAGACAUCACCAACAUUUGUGAGUCUGUCAAGGGAUCUGAUCUAUUCUCUAUAUGCCAUACUGGGCCGAUGAGGACAGCACACUCAAGAGUGCAAACCUUCAAAAAAAACUUCAACUAUGUUGAGCCUAAGAAAAUAUUUUUAGGAAGAGAUGAAAACAGAACAGAUAGGUUUGCCUACUAUGUUCCUCUGAGGAAGACUUUGAAAUGUUUGUUGGAGUCUGAUCUGUGGAAGAAAUCAAGGCAGCACACGUCUGAGUCUCCUUCAGACAUUUUAAGUGACAUUAAUGAUGGUCAGAUAUACAAAUUCAACAACUUUUUUGUGGAGAAUCCAUCAUGUCUCAAGCUAAUACUGUACCAAGAUGCAUUUGAAGUGGUUAAUCCUUUAGGCUCAGCAAAGACGAGACAUAAGAUAUUAGCCGUGUAUGUGUCUGUUGCCAACUUGCCACUUCAUGUACGGUCUGACACAGACCACAUGUCACUGGUUUUAUUGUGCAAGGAAAAAGAUUUCAAGGAAUUUGGGCAUUCUAAAGUUCUUUCUGAGUUACUAGAAGACCUGAGGCUGUUGGAGGAAAAUGGGAUUGUAAUGGUUGAUGAAACGGUAGUUAAAGGAACUGUAUUUUGCAUUGCUGGAGAUAAUCUAGGCUCACAUUGCAUUGGGUGAGGACCCAAAUGUGUGUGGACCACUCCGCACUAUUGAGAGGUACAACUCUGCUCUUGAUGAACUCCAGACAGCUGAGGAACCGGACGUAGAAGGUGUAAAG